UACCUGAAUGAAAGCUACAAAGAAUUUUACAAAAAGCUGGUAUUUCCUGUGGCUGGAACAAUAAAUUAGCCCCCUCGCUGUAAUCUUAAAGAACUUUCGACACCGUCUAUGAGUAUCCUCAGCAAUCUUUAGGAUUUUCAUUAUAUUUCCAUUUUUCUCUUACUUAUCAAGCUUGAUUUGCUGUAAAACUGUCGCUGUUAAACCCUCCCUACCUCAUAUUUUGCAAGGGAAUAACAACAUACACACUCUGCCCCAUCUGAAGUCCAUCUCAUUUGGCCCCUAGGAUUAAAAAAAAAAAAAGCAAAACUGUUUUGCAGGCGCAACCCGCUACAGUUUUCACUGCGCCUCGGCGCCCCCUCUCCCCGGCGCGCCUUCCGCGUUUCCUGAGGACCUGCUGGGAACAUGCAGCCCCCUCCCGUCAAAGCUGGAGCUCCCACGUUUCUCAGAUCCAGGAGGAGUGGGCCGGAGAGUGGAAAGGGCCAUCCGGCAUCUGGGGAGAAGGGAGCCGAGCCCAGUCACCACCCGCCUUCUGGAAGGUGGAGCCGCGCAGGUCCCAGCGCUCGCGCGCCCGCGGCCAACGCGACCCCAGGGCCUCGCUCUCGCCGGAACCCGCGCGGCCCAGUCACCCCCGGGACACUCCCGCCGCGUCGGCACCGUGGGGACCGGCCAAGUGGUCGGGUGCCGGCUGGACUGGCAGAGUCUCGCGGCUGGGGUCUUGGCGAAGGCAGCCGACUGUGCGCCCUGUGUGCUCAGAGCUGGGAGGAGGCCUGAAGCCCAGGAGGAAUGGCCUUAAUUCCUCAUUCU